UCGUUAUCUUUGCAGCUUGGAGCGAAACACGGAGCUGAAGUAAAACCUCAGGUCCGUCACAUUUACAGCACAGAAAGGCUCUGAGUUCAGAGGAUCAGGGAUGAAACUCUGACAGACACAAAGACAUCAUGACAAACCCAAACAUUUCCUCCAGCGUUGACUCUUCGUCGUUGGAGGCCGCCUGCUUCGUCUUCGGUUGGACCUCCAUCAUCUUCACCACCUUCACCAUCGCCAACGUUUUGCUUCUCCUUCCUCUCAUCGUCAUCAUCCUCGGCUUGGCUCUGCAGAAAUGGCGGCAGAAUCGCUCGUAUUUCUCCUCCGCGUCGAUGAGCCACUGCGACUGCUUCACGUACCACUCCGUCGCCAUGGAGACGAUCGGCGUCGCCGGUUGCAUCGUCUCCUGCUGCGGCGUUUUCAUGGGGAACUUGAACGUCAAUGCGAUCGGGAAAUAUCUUUUCUUCUUUAAAUGGUACGGAGAGGUUCUGUUCCACGUCCUGACGUGUCUGGAGCGCUACGUGGCCGUCGUGCAUCCCAUCACGUACCUGCGUCUCAAAACUGAGCGAGGGCUCAGAAUGAGGAACAUCGUCGUUGCUUCUGUCUGGACGCUUUGUUUGGCGUUUGACUCUUUGCUUCACUUUGAAGCUAUGAUUUAUUGGGAGCUGUCGUUCCUGAUGUUGGGUUUAGUGGUAAUCUCCUUCUGCAGCGUCUCUGUCCUCUGGGUUUUGGUUCGGCCCGGACCGGGGGAACGAGGCGAGGACAGAAAGACAGUGGUCCAGUCAAAGCACAGAGCGCUCGUUACCAUAGUUUCCACUUUGGCCGUGCUGACGGUCAGAGUGGUGCUGAACGUGACUUUGGAGGUGGUUUACUGCUCAACUGGAUUCGCUAACUGUGUUUUAUUGACGACUGUUUUUUGGUUUCACCUCCCCAGCAGUUUAGUGUUACCGAUUUUAUUUUUAUAUAAACAGAGAGAAAACAUUUUUAAGCAAACGAUGUUCAGCAAGGGUUAGGAUUAAACUGGGC